CACGAAGUCACGACUGGUACGCAGAACGUGCGGCUACAUGACAUAUUUAUGUUCCUCGUGCUCCUCCCUCUCCUCCCUGACUGCUACACACACCAGGCUGUCAUUUCUACUGCCAGCAGCCAUGUAUUAACAGCAGCCUCCUCCAGGUUCUGACGGCCGUCUUCCUUCACGCAAUGGAGCUUUUGGGCACCAAUACGCAGGCGACCGCUGAUGCCGACUCUGCGACAGACGGCAGCAGCGGCGCCGCAGACGUCGACGGUAGAGACGGGGCAGGGGAGAGGAUGGAGAAGACGGAGAGGACGGUGCCCAGUGAGCACCAGGACAGGACCAGCAACCAGCAGCAGCAAACCGCCGGGGUGCUCGAUAAACUGUUUGGGAAACGACUUCUGCUGGCCAGACAUUACAUCAACUCUCGCAAGUCCUGGUUAAAGAUGGUUCCCACACAAAACUGUGACAUCCUGAUGACUUUUCCAGAUACAAUAGAUGACCACACUCUGCUGUGGCUCCUGAAUCAAAUUCGUGUUGGAAUCCCACAGGUCAGCAUCCAGGUCCGGCAACAUAAACACACCCAGACCCACGCCUUCUUCAUCGCAAUAACAUUUGAAAACCUGCUGCGAGGAGCCGAGCAGAUGGGCAUGUACAAGACUGUGAAGCCACAGUUUGGUGGUGGCAUGCGCCGCUUCUCCUGUGAGGAAGACAACAUCUAUGAGAACAUAGAAAGCAAGCUUUGCUUUUUCACCUCGCAGGAACGUCAGAGCAUCAUUAAGUAUUGGCUGGAUAACCUGCGUGCCAAACAGGGGGAGAUGCUCCACAACAUCCACUUCUUGGAGGGGCAGCCAAUAAUUCCAGAGCUAAUCGCUCGGGGAGUGAUCCAUCAGAUGUUUCCUCUUCAUGAACAAAGAAUACUCAACCAGCUGAUGACUUCGUGGGUCCAGGCUGUGUGUGAAAGGCAGCCCCUCGAUGACAUUUGUGACUACUUUGGAGUGAAGAUCGGCAUGUACUUUGCUUGGCUGGGUUUCUACACCAACUCCAUGCUCUACCCUGCCGUCAUCGGCUUUCUGCUCUGGAUACUAGCAGAAGAUGAUCAGACCAGCCAGGAUAUCUGCUGUGUGGUUUUUGCUCUCUUUAAUGUCGUCUGGGCAACUUUAUUUCUGGAGCGCUGGAAGCGGCGAGAAGCGGAGCUGGCCUACAGGUGGGGCACCCUGGACACCCCCGCCGAGUCCUUGGAGGAGCCCAGGCCCCAGUUCAGGGGUGUGAGGCGGUGCAGUCCCAUAACAGGCUGUGAGGAGUUCUACUACCCCGCCUGGAAGAGAGCCAUGUUCAGAUGGCUGGUCAGCCUGCCUGUCUGCCUGCUCUGCCUCUGCUUCGUCUUCCUCGCCAUGCUCCUCUGUCUUCAACUGCAGGAAGUGGUGAUGGAGAUUCAGGAGCUGCCUAGUAUCACAAGAUUCAUCCCUAAGAUACUUCUGGCCAUCACUGUAACUGUAUGUGAUGAAGUGUAUAAGAAGAUUGCCUACUGGCUUAAUGACAUGGAGAACUACAGGCUUCAGAGUGCCUACGAGAACAAUUUGAUCAUCAAGAUGGUUUUUUUUGAAUUCAUCAAUUCUUACCUCAGCCUUUUCUACAUUGGAUUCUACCUCAAGGACAUGGAUCGACUGAAGGAGAUGCUUGCUACUCUAUUGAUUUUCCGCCAAUUCCUGCAAAACAUCAAAGAAGUCCUUCAGCCAUAUCUCUACGAGCAAAGCAAGCUCGGCGUCUUCACCCCAAAGGUCUUAUGGGAGCUCCUACAAGUCAUCAUUCUCAAGUAUGGGCGUCUGGCUCUUGGGAAGGCACAAGCCUCAAUUACCUCCUACUCCUUCUUGAGUCCCAGAGGAAUCUCAAACAGUCACGCCACAAAUUGUAACCAGGAACCAAGGAGAAGAGGAGAUCUGAAAGCUGGCUUCAGGCUCUCAGAGGAAGAGUGGGACAUGAACGACAGCAUUAUAAAGCAUCGGAAAGUCAGCUUCACCGAGAAGGUGGACUACAAGAAUGUCAAGACGGAGACCCAGGCUGUGGAGGACAGUUUCCUGGAGGACAGUCCGACGCUGGUGGAAGACGGGAUGGAUCCAUCCAGUAUUUUUGACAGUUGUGAUGAGGACAGUGACUGUGAAUCGCUGUCUCAGCAGGAGACCAAGGAGAGUGUCAGUGUGUCCUCUUCAAAAGAAUCCGAUUCCAUCUACCAGAGAAGGAGUGUAGGGGAGGGGAAAGAUGACAAGAAAUCUUGGAUGGAUCCACCAGAGGAAACCAAAACUGUUGCUUUGACUCAGGCUGAGAUAGAGAGUUGUAUGCAGACAUAUGAGGGAACACUUCAAGACUACCAGGAGAUGUUCAUUCAGUUCGGCUACGUGGUGCUCUUUUCCUCGGCCUUUCCCCUGGCGGCCAUGUGUGCUCUUAUCAACAACAUCAUUGAGAUACGAAGUGAUGCCCUGAAGCUGUGCACUGGCCUUCAGAGACCGUUCGGACAGAGAGUGGAGAACAUCGGACAGUGGCAGACUGCAAUGGAAGCCAUGGGCUUGAUAGCCAUUAUAGUUAACUGUUACCUGAUUGGUCAGUGUGGCCAGCUUCAGCGUCUGUUCCCCUGGUUGAGCCCAGAGAUGACCAUCAUCUCCAUUGUCUUGCUUGAGCACUUUGCAAUCCUCCUAAAGUACGUCAUCCAUGUCGCCAUCCCUGAUAUCCCUGGCUGGGUAGCAGACGAGAUGGCCAAGCUAGAGUACCGACGAAGGGAAGCUUUCAAGAAACAUGAGCUGCAGGCACAGCAGCACUUCCAGCAGCAGCUUCGGCGCCGCCGGGAGGAGGAGGAGCUUCACCGUCAGGCCGAGCUGCAGGCAGAAGCUCAUCAUGAGAGCGACUACCACAAGGCGGACAUGCAGCACCAGCACCACCACGACAAAUCACAGGGCAACAAGCCUGGUGACAAGCCCAAGAGGCCCAGCUCCCUGCUGGGGAAUAACAAUGUGAUGAAGCUCAAACAGAUUAUUCCUCUCCAAGGGAAGUUCUCCUCUGGGUCGUCCCGGUCACCAGCUCAGUCACCAACGGGAGGCGAGGCAAAGCUGCCUGGAUUUCUGAAGUUCCUAAAGUCACCUGAAGUGAAAAAAGAGCCAGCGGCGGCAUCUGGAGGAACACCAGGCUCAGCAGUGAUGUCUUCAGCUCCCCCGGGUGGACAGGAGAAGCCACAAUCCCCUAACAGAACAUUUAGUCCAGGGAAGCUGUUUAAUUUUAGCAAAUCAGAGGGUACGGUGGUGUGUGCUAAUGGCACACAGCAGCCGAACCAGGCUACUAACUCUCAACCUAACACAACCACAGAGGAAUUACCCUCAAACGAGUCAGAUAAAGGAGAAUCAAGACUACAGACUGAUUUAGAAAACCCGAAGACCUAACAAAUGAUCACCCACAGCAAUGUCAUAUUAGGAAGGGAGAAAAAUGUACAAAUGAUCAUGAAAAAUGUAGAAGCACUGAUGCACUCCGGUGUUAAACCACAAGGACCACAUGCAGCAAGUGUUCAGCUUUUACUCUUGAUGCAACUCCAUAAAGCGUGCCACUGUCUCUGUAUACACUUAAUUACCUAACUUCCAUGUAUAAACUGUACAGUAAGUGUCACUGAUUCUAUGGGGGUUCAGUAACAGUGCAGCCUGAUCCGAGACAGUACCAGAGACAGAAAGGGUCCAGAACCAAGACAGUAGAAAGGCAGUUUGUAGGUCAAACUUCCAGCUCCAAGUUGGUGCUGGUACUGGAUGCAUGUACCAGCACCACGCAUGCGCAGUGAACAUGUGCAUGCGUGACAUGUUCACUGUCUUUUCAGUUGCAAUGCACGUUCAAAGCCAUUGGGAUUCUUCUGCACUAGGUCAGAUAUAGUCACUGUGACCAUAAAAAAAAUCUAUUUUUCCAAACUUUGAUUUUCUAUGAAUUUAUUUUACUACAUAAUUUAGUGACUGUAACUAUACGAGGCAAAUAAAUGUCACUCAGUUCAAUGUCCAUGUGAGAGAAACAAGAAAGGAGGAGCUGGUGUUGCUUCAUGAGAGACCAUGCUGCUGCUGGGUUCUGAUGCCUCCAGGCAGUGGCAACCACAAGGGAGGUGAGGGGCAAACUCUACCCUAUUGGUUCAGCCACCACUGUUUAAACUUACAGUGAGGCUGAAAAGAGAGUACAUCCUGUUUGUUCUUGGGUUUAAUGUAUAUUAGGACAUUAUAAAAUUUCACACCAAACCAAAUCCCAAGAAAAAACAAUUAUAGCAAAAUCUAGACUUAUUUCAUGUGACGGAGGUCAAACUGUUGUGUUCACAGCCAAACAGACUUUAAAAAGAAACUGCAAGAAGAGUUAAAAGGAAAUAAACAAUAUAAUUAAAAAAUCUAAGAAAGAAGUGGCAACAAUUUAUCAAGAAGUUGAUAUAAACAAACCACUAUUAUAAUAAUUAUUAUUCUUUUAGAAAACAAAGAAAAUGUUGCAUCCAAAAAUCGACAUUUUCCAGAAAAACUAAAAACAAGUCUAAUUUAUGUUCAGGAGUCCAAAUAAAUGUUUUUUUUCUUCUGUCUGUUCAACAGCAGCUUUUUGUUCCGUUUUGAACAAAAAGUAAACCAUGAUGGAAACACUGGUGAAAAAACUAAGUUCACCUAUGGUGCCUUCAUGGGACAUUAGAGGGGCUGUAGCAGCCUGGUGUUCAUUAACUGAUUAUUAUCAACAUAGGCACCACCAUGCAAUUGUUAGUUAUGACAGCUCAGUAUUUGUUUUUAUUUAUUUUAAAAAGUUAAACACAGAGUCAGAUUUUUUAAGUCUUAAUUUCUUCUAGUUUUGAUGAUUACGCCUCACAGAUCCUGGAAACCCAUCAUUCAGUGUCUCAGAAAAUCAGAAUAUUGCUUAACAGACAUGACAGGCUUCUGAAAACAAUGUUUAUUUCUAUUCCAUUAAUUUUUGGUUGGGGCUCCUUUUGCAUGAAUUACUGCAUGAAUGCGGUGUGGCAAGGAAGAGGUCAGCCUGUGACCCAGGUAGCUUUUACAGCGGCCUUCUGGUCAUCUGCCUUGGAUCUGGAGUGUCAUCUUCCACUUAACAGUCCAGAUAUUCUCUACAGGGUUAAAGGUCAAAUUCACAAAUUUUUGAAUGGAUUCUUCUUGACAAUCAUCUCAAAGCUUCAAUUAUGUUCCUGGUGCACCUUGUUCUAAAUAACAUUUUCCUUCCAUUCAACUUUCUAUGGAUAUACCCCAGAUACAGCCUUCUGUGAACCAGCAGCUUCUUCAGCAAUCACCUCUUGUAGCCUUCUCUCCGAGUGGACAGUGUCCAUCACUGUCUAAUGCUCCAGUCAGAAUGUUGUGUCUUAUCAACCCAGACUGAGAGGGUCAGGAAACCUCUGCAGGCGUUUUCAGUCGAUUAGCUGAUUAAGGUGUGAACCGUGAGUUUUCAGUGUUUAAUAUCUCCACAGUGUUCUUAUAUUGUGAGAUACUAAAUUGAUGGUUGUCAUUAUCUUUAGGACAUAGUCAUCAAAAAUAGUAGAAAUAGAGACCUGAAAAAUCCCAGUGUGUGAUGUAUCUGCACAUGAGUCACUUUCUGUGAAAGUGACUCAUGUGAUAAAAACUAUAAAACUUUUUAAUAAAAUGUUUUAAGUGCAACUGUAAUCAUGACUGGAAAACAUUUAGAAAAGAAAAGUUGUCUAUCUUCACAUUGAUCACCUUCACAGUAUUCCAAAACACAACUGUCAGACCAUAACGCAUAAUACAAUGUUUCUCAACAUGGUUUUUCUACAAGGCCUGCUGAAUCAUGCAGUGUGGAUGAAGGUACAGUUUUGUACAUUCAAAUGAAAUUCAAAUUGAAAUGAUUUUUUUAAAGGAACAGGUGAUUUUUAUUGUACCCUGAUACAUAAAAUCCAAGAGCUGAAACAGGGUGUACUUUCUUCCUGUCAUGACAGAAGAAAGG